UACUCACAUUGCCCCUACCAUAACAACUACAUUAAACAACCAUUUUCAUUUAUUGCACUAAAUAAAUCCCCACCAGUGUAGUAGUUCACUUUCACUCGCACACAACACAACUCACUUCUCUUUCACAUCGUAGUUCUUCCCACACACACUUCACAACUUCUUUUUCUUGUUUCAGAUCUACAACCAAAAACAAAGGGAGAAAAAAUGCAGACACAACUCGGGCGCACUAUUUUCACUUUCCUGCUGUUGUUCUCAUCCCCAACAUUUUUCGUCUUCUCCACCGCAUCACCACCGUCAAAAAACAACCGCAGCAACAACGCGCAAGCUCUGGUCCGUUCAUCAUGCGUUCACACAAGGUACCCGAACAUCUGCCUCAAAACACUCUCAAACUACGCUGGGCCUGCCAACUCCCCUUUAGACGUGGCCCGGGCCGCUCUCAGGGUGAGCCUGGCCCACGCCCGACGAGCCUGCAGACACCUCAAGACUCUCCAAGCACCACUGGUAGGCUCAGGCCCAGGCCCAAAUAAAGGCCCAUUGAGCUCGAAGUCCAAGAGGCAGCGAGCGGCGCUGAGUGACUGCAUCGAGCAGAUGGCGGACUCGGUUGACGAGCUGAAGAGGAGCCUUGAGGAGCUCCAGCACCUCGAAACGGCGACGUUUCGGUGGCAGAUGAGUAACGCACAGACUUGGGUGAGUGCUGCCCUCAGUAACGGCGACUCAUGCCUCGAUGGCUUUGGAGACGGAAGCAACGGCGGCGACAGAGGCGGUGGAGGCAACGACCGUGACAAGAAGCUGGGGAGGAGCGUGAAGCGGAGGGUGACUGACGUGGCAAGGGUCACCAGCAAUGCUUUGUACAUGAUUAACCUUGUUGGUGAAACUUGGCCCGGGAAGCCUAAUAAGCAUCGUUCUUCGCCACGUGGCACCCAUUUCAAUGACUGAGUUGAGCAUCCUGCUUGCUUAACUAGAAGAAUGAAUGGGUAACUUUUUUUAUUGAAAAAAGUGAAAUGUUGACAAGUACAUCCAAUAAUUAUGUAAAAUGUAAGUGGAUUAACACUUCUUCUACAAAAAUCGAAAAAUUAGUUAGUACGGAUUUAAAUAUAAAUAAAAGUAAAAUAUUGAUUA